GAGCGGAAGGGUAAAUUUGUACUUUUUUACAAUUUUAUAACAAWUUUUCGUCUUUCAAGAUACUCUUUGGAUUCACUAUGGGUAGCUGUUAAAUAUUCUAGCUCGAAGAACCAAGAKCAGUGAUAAAAUGGACUUAAAACCGAUUGUAACUUGUUUUGGUGAGAGUAGCGUGUACAAGCAGCUUAACCCGGAACUAGAGAGAAGGUUGCCAGAUAAUGCCACUGAAUGGCGAAGGUCUUAUGGYAGACCRCCAAAGACAGUCAAGCUCAAAGCCAAGUUUGURAACUUACAAGAAAGCAUGCUUAUUGGGAAUAUUGAAAAUGCAUCUACACUGCAUCGGCAGCCAUUUUUCCACAUCUACUGGACUGAUUGCCAGGAUGUUGAUGAAUACAAAAGCAAGAUCAAAGACAGCAUCAAUGAAUGGCAAAGAAAGCUGAAAGACAGAGGCAUUGUAGACUUYCUGAUAAUCCAAGUCAUAGCUGCUGAAUCAAUCAAAGGGAACAAAGCCAAGAUACAGUUCAGAGGGUCUGUCUUUGAUAAGGUUAAGAGUGACUUUGGUGGCAAGAAUAAUGACAGGGUAUUUUCUGUUGUGUCAGACCCCCCAANAAUGAAGGAGAGUCAGUUUACAAAGUCUGUUGAGUCCUGGCAGAGUCUGGUCUCCAAGUUAAGACAACUACURUUGAUCUCAUUUAACCGACACUUAGGCAAGUUUGAAGACAAUGUCAGAGCUUUAAGAGAGAAGAGAACAGAGUCCAGAUGGAGCUUUACUACGUAUUUCUUACUUCAUGAAGAGCUAGCCUUUGUGUUUGAGAUGAUGGGUCUAUAUGAAGAAGCUCUCAUUCAAUAUGAUGAAAUCGAUGCCUUGCUCACACAGCUUAUCAUCAACUCCAAAUAUGGAGAAUCACUAGCAUGUAUUGAUAUCUUCAUGAGAGAGUGUAAAUGUUGUGAUGGCGUCCCAAUGUCAAGCGGACCACAAGCCUUUUUACGGGAAUUAAUCAAGACUCAAGAAGCAACUUUUGUGGAUCUUCUUAAAUUGGUUGAAAAAUCAUUUAAGAAUGAAUUUAAAUUCUUCAAUUUUUUCACUUGUUACUUUCUUUCAGAUUUACUUGUCGGUGUGUCUCAACGUAUUGGUGCCGCCAUCUCAGUAGGCCCAGGCACAAUCGAAGAAGGUUCUAAACUCGAAAUAACCUCGAAAACACAACUAAAAUUCCACUUAGUCUCUGGAAACGCAUACGGCUCCUCUAACCUCGAACUAAAUCCUGAAAAAAAUCAAAGACCAUAUAAGGUCACAUUCCCAUCAUUCCACGAGGGCGAGGAUCCUACGUCAUCAGUUGCCAUAGUGACGCUACCAAAGUGCGGACCUUAUGAGAAACUAGAGUUUGAUCUGAUUGUAGAAGCAGGGCUGAAUAAGCAGAGUGAGCAGAUGGAGGAAGUGGAGCAUAAUAUGACGUUCUGCUGUAAAUGGCUGCAGCCGGCGACUGUUUCUGAGGUUGUUUGCUCAUUUAAGCGACCACUUACAGCCAGACACGUCCUGCACUGCAGUAAUGACCAACGCUUUGUGCAAGUCAUAAUUKCUGGMAAAAGCUCUCUCCAUGUAAAUGAGCCAGCACUGACAUUGAUUGAUUGUCCAGCGGUGAAGGCAGUCCCUGUCAAUCCCGUGACCUCGUUCGACGUCAACGACACRCAAGAGACGUCACUAUUAUGGAAACUAGAAAACAUUCAAGCGAUAGAUUUGCCACAGUUAAUCAAAUGCGAGAUACGAAUGCAAUUUACAAGAAAUAAUAUCGAAGAACCAAAUGGGUCUUCAUAUUACGUUUAUGAUUUCCAAGUGGAGGCUACGAAGACCCUUUAUACCAUCCAUUCAGCUAUAGAAGCUCCAGGAAUAGACCACAAAUUACACCAAGGUUCAGCAUGUAAACUGAACGUAAAGAUCGUUAACUUAUCAAAAGCAGAUCAAACCUCUACAUCCUCUCAGAAAUGUGAUUUGCUCUACGAAAUCGAUGUUGAUACCAAUYUAUGGAUGAUUUCUGGGAAAAAUAGUGGCGUCGUUGCUAUGCCAACUGUUUUCAUGGCAACUUGUGACGUCACGUUAGACGUCAUACCCCAGACUGGAGGGUAUUUGCCACUUCCGGAUGUGCGACUGAAGUCGUACGAGAGGCCUGGAGUAGAGGAAACUGCAAAAGUGGAACAUAAAGAAAACGAUUUAGAAAAGGAACAAAGUUCAGAAUCAGUUUCUGGACAACAGCAAAAAUCAAGCUCAAAAUCAGCAAAUUCACCAAGGGAACCACCGGUUGUAAAGCCGUUUAAGUGCGGCCAGGUUUACAACGCAACUCAAGCCAUUCAAGUGCUAGUGUUGCCUAGCAACACUGACAGCUCUUAAUAAAAUGAUCCAAUCAGAUGGCGGAGCUGUGAAAUGACCAAGCCGAAAGGCAUUCAAGUGUUAACAUACUUUUGAAAUAACACAUAAAAAGAAAUGUCAUAAAGAAAUAUUGUUGCGUAUGAAGAUACGAUAUUUUCUUGUUGACAAGGAUGCAAGAGAUUAAUUAGAAACGUUUAAAUAAAGUGGAAAUACUGCUAUUCACACGAUAAAUUUUUUCUUGUGAACAAAAUCCACACAAUCCACGCUUCUAGGCGUGUUCUCUCGCGUGUUUUGAUACAUUAUCAAACACGGAAAUCCGUUUUACUUAAAUAAUUUAUAAACCUAUAAGAUUAUUAUGCCACGUUCCACAUGAAUUGAAAAAUUUGAAUAAACAAAAGUGUUCAUUA